AUGGGGGGGCGGGGCCAGCGGAAGCUGCGCUUGCGCACUGAACCUGGUUUGGGUGGGAAUUCUGUGAAGACGUCGCGGGCGACGGGGAGUCACGGCCCAAAGCUGGUUUUGGGCUGGAAUUGGGAAACGUCGCUGGCGACGGGGGCCUGCUUCAGGAAGGAUUUUGUGAAAGGAGAUGGCAGAGAAUCGUAUAAUGAGGUGGAUCAGGCAUCUCGUAGAAUUUAUCAGAAAACAUCGAAAGAGAAAGAGAGAUGUUUGCAAGCCAACAACAAAGAAUUCAAUGAAAAAUUUGAAUAUGAGGAGUAUCAUUUUUGUAGCAAUGUAGAGGAUGGAGGAAUCAAAGAGACUUAUGAGGAGGCUAUUGCAAUAGUCCAGAACAAUGCCAUCAAGACAGCAAAAUACAAUUUCUUCACAUUUCUGCCCUUGAAUCUAUUUGAACAGUUCCAGAGAGUAGCAAACGCAUAUUUCCUCUUCUUGCUGUUCCUACAGCUUAUUCCACAGAUAUCAUCUUUGGUUUGGUAUACAACGGUGAUCCCCCUGGCAUUAGUGCUUUCCAUGACAGGAGUGAAGGAUGCCAUUGAUGACAUGUUUCGGCACAAAAAUGACAAACAAGUCAACAAUCGACCUGUCCUGGUGAUAGUGAAUGGCAUGGUGAAGGAAGAAAAGUGGUUGAACAUCCAAGUGGGUGAUAUAAUAAAACUACAAAAUAACAAUUUCGUCCCGGCAGAUGUGCUAUUACUCUCCAGUAGUGAGCCCUACAGUCUGACAUACAUAGAAACUGCAGAACUAGAUGGAGAAACCAACUUGAAAGUGAAGCAGGCCCUGGUUAUCACCAGCAACUUAGAAGACAACCUGGAGAAACUGACCAACUUUAAAGGUGAAGUCAGAUGUGAUCCUCCCAAUAACAAACUGGACAAAUUCACAGGGGUAUUGAUCUAUGAGGGUGAGACUUAUGUCUUAGACAAUGAGAAGAUAUUACUAAGAGGUUGCACCAUUCGGAACACAGACUGGUGCUAUGGCCUUGUGAUUUAUGCUGGUCAGGACACUAAAUUAAUGCAGAACAGUGGAAAGACUACCUUUAAACGGACAAGCAUAGAUCAUCUCAUGAAUGUCCUUGUGAUCUGGAUUUUCGUAUUCUUAAUUGGCAUGUGUUCCUUCCUGACCAUUGGGCAUGGAAUUUGGGAGAACCAGAGGGGUUAUUUCUGCCAAAUCUAUCUACCUUUUGAAGAGGAAAUCAGCUCCUCAGCUCUUUGUAUCUUCCUCAUAUUCUGGUCAUACUUCAUCAUUCUCAACACUGUGGUGCCAAUUUCCCUCUAUGUCAGUGUAGAGAUAAUACGAUUGGGCAACAGCUUUUAUAUCAACUGGGAUCGAAAAAUGUUUUACAUCCCAAAAAACACACCAGCCCAAGCCCGAACCACAACUCUGAAUGAGGAACUAGGCCAGAUCCAAUAUGUUUUCUCUGACAAGACGGGGACAUUGACUCAGAAUAUCAUGAUUUUCUACAAGUGCUCCAUUAAUGGGCGAUCAUAUGGUGAUGUCUACAGUAUGACUGGACAAAAGAUGGAAAUCACAGAGGACACAGAGAAGGUUGAUUUCUCCUACAACAAACUGGCUGACCCCAAGUUUUCGUUUUAUGACAAGACUUUGGCAGAAGCAGUAAAAAAAGGAGAUCCUAUGGUCCACCUUUUUUUCAUCUGCCUCUCUCUCUGUCACACAGUAAUGUCAGAAGAGAAAGUGGAAGGAGAACUAGUGUAUCAGGCACAGUCUCCUGAUGAAGAGGCCAUUGUCACUGCUGCCAGGAAUUUUGGCUUUGUUUUUCACUCUCGAACGUCUGAAACAAUCACCGUAGUGGAAAUGGGGGUCACAAAAGUCUAUAAUCUCCUAGCUAUCUUGGACUUCAACAAUGUACGCAAGCGAAUGUCUGUGAUUGUGAAGACCCCCGAAGGUAAGGUGAUAUUGUUCUGCAAAGGAGCUGACACCAUCAUCUGGGAAUUGCUCCACUCAUCCUGCAAACCCCUCCAAGAUGUGACCAUGGAACAUUUGGAUGAUUUUGCUGGUGUUGGUUUGCGUACCCUUGCUGUGGCCUACCGAGAACUAGAUGAAGAAUUUUUCCGAGAGUGGAGCCGAAAACACCACAGAGCCUCCACUGCUAUUGAAGAUCGGGAGGAAAAGUUAGGAGUAGUCUAUGAAGAGAUUGAGAAAGACAUGAUGCUAAUAGGAGCCACAGCCAUUGAAGACAAACUACAGGAUGGAGUGCCUGAGACAAUAGCCACUCUGAUCAAAGCAAACAUUAUCAUAUGGGUUUUGACAGGGGACAAGCAAGAGACUGCUGUGAACAUUGGCUAUUCCUGCCAUAUGCUAACUGAUGAUAUGGAUGACAUGUUCGUUAUAGAUGCCAAGGAGAGUAGCAUGGUCCUGGAGCAGCUCAGGUCAGCGAGAAGGGUGAUGAAACCUGAUUCUAUUCUGAGGACAGAUCCAGUAACUAAACUCAUCUCCCAAUCAGAAAAAAAGAACUUCAUCUUGCCUGAAGAAAUGCCCAAUGGUAGCUACGGCCUAAUCGUCGAUGGCCACAGUCUGGCUUACGCCCUAGAGGAGGACAUGGAAUUGGAGCUGCUGAGGACAGCUUGCAUGUGCAAAACAGUGAUCUGCUGCCGUGUGGCACCUCUACAGAAGGCCCAAAUGGUGGAACUAGUGAAGAAAUACAAGAAAGCGGUGACACUAGCCAUUGGUGAUGGAGCCAAUGAUAUCAGUAUGAUCAAAGCUGCCCACAUUGGGGUGGGCAUCAGUGGCCAGGAGGGGAUGCAAGCCGUGCUUGCCAGUGACUUCUCGUUUGCCCAGUUCCGGUUUCUGCAGCGCCUGCUCUUGGUCCAUGGUCGUUGGUCCUAUAUCCGGAUGUGCAAAUUCCUCUGCUAUUUCUUCUAUAAGAACUUUGCCUUCACAUUAGUGCACUUCUGGUACGCCUUCUUCUCCGGCUUCUCUGCAGAGACGAUUUUUGAUGAAUGGUUCAUAGCUUUCUACAACUUGUUCUACACAUCCCUCCCUGUCCUGGCCUUGAGCCUCUUUGACCAGGAUGUGAAUGACUUAUGGAGCCUCCGAUUCCCCGAGCUAUACUACCCCGGCCAAAACAACCUCUACUUCAACAAGAAGGAAUUUGCGAAGUAUUUAAUAUAUGCCAUCUACACCUCCUUUGUGUUGUUCUUCAUCCCCUUCGGGACUAUUUACAACUCAGUACGAAGUAAUGGGAAGGACAUCUCUGACUACCAGUCUUUUGCCCUGAUAAUCCAGACCUCCCUGCUCGUGGUGGUGACUGUGCAGGUGGGUCUGGAGACAGCCUACUGGACAGCUGUGAACCAAUUCUUCAUUUGGGGCAGCCUGGCUAUGUACUUCAGCAUCAUGUUCCUCCUUUACAGUGAUGGCCUGUAUCUGCUCUUCCCUCACACCUUCCAAUUCAUGGGCACAGCUCGGAACACCCUGAUCCUGCCUCAGGUGUGGCUGACGAUUGGUCUCACUGUGGCCAUUUGUUUGCUGCCCUUGAUCGUAUUUAGAUUCCUCAAGAUGGACCUUCUACCAACCGAAACUAGCAAGAUUCUCACUAAGAUCCGUGAAUGCAUGAAGAAUCCAGUGACACCCCCAACCCGGACGAAAUUGAAACGCACAAGUUCCCGACGUUCAGCUUAUGCCUUUGCCCACCAACAUGGAUUUGGGGCACUUAUUACUUCAGGAAAGAACAUGAAAUCAAGGAUAACCUAUAGCUUUGGUGAUAACUUUUCAUAA